UACUGCUCUUUGAAGAGGAUAUGUUUUGAUAGCAAGAAAAUAGGUCAGACCAACCACGGGAUUCGCCGAAUCGGAGACUCGAAUUACUCGGUCUUGUUGCUAACGUGGUGAACGCUCGAGUGUUCGUUACCGGGAACAUGAAACCACGAACACGAUCUACACUGUCGUCCACAUAUUCGAUAAUACUCAGCGCCAACGAGGGUGGUAUGCUUCCUUCGAAGCGGUUGCCGACGACAAUAGACACCGAUGAGCGGUGUGUUUGUGUGUCGAUUCUUCACAUUUUAUUGCCAUACAUUGACAUUCAUUGUUUUGGCCAAGCAACAAACCGCAAACCCCAACGUACCGCCUGGUAACAUGCGGACCGGCAUGCAGUUGUUGCAAUUGAUACCAUGAUGGGCUGGGUGGUUGCUCGAGACAGCCAAAGGGAAAACGCCGGCCGAUCUCGAGAGUGCAAUCUAACGAGAGCAAUCGAAUCGUGGGGGUGUGCCGUUAGAAAGUUAGAAUGGAUAACAUCUAUAAAGAUAAAGGCGGAAAGCAAGGCUUUUGAUUUAUUGCCUACAAUUAUGAAUACGUUAAACCCAUAGUCCCCAUCUAAAGGGUAAAUACGCAAAGAAACUAAUGUGUUGAAGCAAGAAGAAAGUGAAUCUGGGAAAACAAGUUCAUGAGUCUAAUAUAAAAGAUAGUUUUACGAUUCCAUGUGGCGAGAGUCAUGCUGUGCUUCAACAAAAAUCUCUUUUAACUUAUCUUGUAUGGUCUAUGACGUCCCGCACGAAUUUCGUAAGCUUGGCCAUCGCAGCCCCAACGACACCUGCACGCGCGAAGUGGACCAGCGAUAUCGAGUUCACGCUUUCCUGCAUCGCCUACUCCGUCGGGUUCGGUAACAUCUGGAAAUUCCCCUACACGGCCCUCGACAAUGGAGGUGGUGCGUUUCUGGUGCCGUACCUGAUCGUCCUGUUCGUCAUCGGACGGCCACUGUACUACCUCGAGAUGGCUAUGGGACAGUUCAGCAGUCGAGGAUGCGUAAAAAUUUACGAUCUGGCUCCGGCAAUGCGUGGCAUUGGCGUUGGCCAGACGGUGGCAAUGCUUGUGGCCAUAUCCUACUACACGCCGAUCCUUGCCAUCACGCUACGCUAUCUGCUGCUAUCGUUUAGCUCCGAGUUGCCGUGGAGCAAGUGCGACCACUCUUGGAGCCGGUGUAUCAAUUCGAGUCAGCACGGACAUCUGAACGAGUCGUCGAUAGUAAACUCCGGCGUUAGACAGAACGUGUCGGCAGAGCUGUUCUUCACCAAUACGAUCAUGCGUCGUGUCUCGCUGGACGAGGGUUUGGGGUGGCCGAAUAUGGAGCUGGUUGCCUGCCUGAUCGUAUGCUGGUCGAUGCUGAUAGUAAUCCUCAUCAAGGGCGUCCGCAGCACCGGCAAAGCAUCCUACUUUCUGGCCAUCUUCCCGUACGUCAUCAUCUUCAUUCUGCUCGGACACGCGCUAAGCCUCGAGGGUUCACUGGAGGGUAUCCGCUUCUUCCUGACACCGAACUGGGAGAGUCUCUUCACGGCCAAAGUGUGGAUGGAGGCGGUAACGCAGUGUUUCUUCUCCCUUUCGAUCUGCUUCGGUGGUAUCAUCGCCUACUCGUCCUUCAACAACUUUUCCAACAAUGUUUACAGAGACGCAAUGAUCAUUUCGUGGCUCGAUACGUUCACCUCGAUCAUCGUCGGUUGCAUCGUGUUCGGUGUGCUCGGUAAUUUGGCUCACGUAACGCACCGUCCCAGCAUCCAGGAUCUCGUCCGUGAAGGACCCGGACUCACGUUCAUGGCCUACCCGGACGCAAUCGCGAAGUUCGAGUACUAUCCGCAACUUUUCUCCGUGAUGUUCUUCCUCAUGUUCUUCAUCGUCGGCAUCGGCAGUAAUCUGGGGGCGAUCACCAGUGUUAUCACCGCAAUCGGAGACCGCUGUCCAUCGAUCCCAAAUUGGAAAAUCGUUAUCGGGCUCAGUUCGGUCAUGAGCUGCGUCAGUGUCGUCUAUCUGACGCCGGGAGGACUCGAUCUGCUCGACGUUCUCGAUACGUACGGUGCCAAGUACGUCACGUUGACGCUGGCACUGUUUGAGAUCCUAACGUUCGCUUGGGUCUACGGUGUAGAUCGCGUCUGUCGGGAUAUUCGUUUUAUGCUCGGUCGUGAAACGGGACUGUUUUGGCGUCUAUGCUGGGGCUACGUGGGACCGCUGCUUGUCGCGAUCAUACUGCUGGUCGCUUUCGUUAGCCACAAAGCGCCGAACGUACCAGAGGAAUACAAUUUUUCUGGCUGGAUGUUGUACGCGUUUGCCGUGUUGCAGCUGCCACUGUGGGCACUCUACGCGAUAGUAACACAGGAGGAGAAAGGCUGCCAGAAUCGAGUACUAGCGGCUUUCCGACCAACCAAAAGCUGGGGCCCUGAAACGGCUAGCAUACGCGAGGACUACCAGCUGCUGGAGCACGAAGUUGCCUACAGUGCCACACGAUAUCCACGAGGACGCUGGAGCGACCGACUGUACCGUCGGAUUUUCCAGUGAACUUCCUUCGAAAAGGGUGCAAC